AUUAAAAAAGCAAUUCUGUCUAAGAUUUGUUCGAAAACCAAAGUAGAGUAUGACAGAAUAAGUGACAGGGACAGGGUUUUCAUUGAGGAUUCUGGAUAGGCUUUGUUAUUCUGUGUCUGGAGAAGACAGUCAUGGCAAACAUUGAUAAACCCUAGCAUUUCGACCCCAACUAUGGCGUUGUUUCAGCUACUCCCACCUUCUUUUACUCUUCACCACUUUGAAUUCUCUCCCCCACUUCCUAUACACCCAAGAGUACCCAUUUCUCAAUGUUCGGAGUCUCCAAAGUCGCAGAAACUUACCCAAUUUGUUAAGCUAGAUUAUCCUGUUAAGCCGCUCAAAUCGCAUAACAAGCUAAACCCAUCUCGAGCUUCCAUUAACGGGGACGACAAUGGAGCUUUGGAACCUAAAAAACCCACUAGCCGAGGCAGAAAAAAAGGUUCGAAAUCUUCUACUUCCACUUCAAAUUCCUCUUCUUCAACAAAGAGAACAAAGCGUUCCAGAAAAGACCAAGUCGACAAUGGCACUGUUGAGGCUAAACCCAUAUCGGAAAACUCAAAUGCAAACCCAGAAUCAGACUCAGAAUUAGAAGAUUACGACGACGGUGUCGAUUUUCCGUACGAAGAUCCACCUCUGGUCUGCUGCUUCGGCUCCGUACAGAAAGAAUUUGUGCCGACGGUGCGGGUUUCCGACAACCCGAUGCACCCGGACAUCUACUCCCAAUGGAAGAUGCUCCAGUGGGACCCGCCGGAGUUCGUGAGGGCGCCAGGUGGGCCGCCGUCAAACGUGGCGAUAUCCCACGUGAGGCUCGGUGGUCGUGCUGCUUUCAUGGGCAAAGUGGGAGCCGAUGAUUUUGGAAAUGAGUUGGUGUUGAUGAUGAACAAAGAGAAUGUUCAGACACGAGCCGUGAAGUUCGAUUCCAAUGCAAAGACUGCUUGUGCUUACAUGAAGAUUAAGUUUGAAGAUGGGAAAAUGAGGACGGAGAUGGUGAAAGAGUCCGCUGAGGACUCUCUGCUUCGCUCUGAAUUGAACCUUGCUGUGCUUAAAGAGGCAAGAAUUUUCCACUUCAAUUCGGAAGUUCUAACAUCCCCCUCCAUGCAUUCUACACUUUUUAAAGCUAUUGCAUAUUCCAAAAAGUUUGGGGGGCUUGUAUUUUUUGAUCCAAAUUUGCCUUUGCCUCUGUGGAAAUCACGUGACGAGACGAGGGAGUUGAUGAGGAGAGCCUGGAAUGAAGCAAACAUCAUAGAGCUUUCAAGGCAAGAGUUGGAAUUUCUUCUAGACGAAGAUUACUAUGAAAGAAAGAGAAAUUACAGGCCCCAGUAUUAUGCUAAUAAUUUUGAGCAAACCAAGAAACGGAGAGAUUAUUACCAUUAUACGCAUGAAGAAAUAUCUCCAUUAUGGCAUGAUGGACUUAAAUUUCUGUUUGUGACUGAUGGAACGUUUCGAAUUCAUUAUUACUCCCCUUCAUUCGAUGGUGUUGUGGUUGGAACUGAAGAUGUUCUUAUAACCCCUUUCACUUGCGAUAGAACCGGUUCUGGUGAUGCUGUUGUAGCUGGCAUUAUGAGAAAAUUGACUAGUUGUCCUGAGAUGUAUGAAGAUCAAGAUGUUUUGGAGAGGCAGCUUCGCUUUGCAAUUGCAGCCGGAAUUAUAUCACAGUGGACUAUUGGUGCUGUGAGAGCUUUUCCUACUGAAAGUGCAACCCAAAAUCUAAAGGAGCAGGUUUAUGUACCAUCAAUGUGGUAAACUAGAGCUGGGUCUUAAUGUUUCAUACAGUGGUUCUAAAAAUGGUAGGGUUUGCUCACUAUGGGUAAUAUUCUCACUGUUGAAGGACGAGGAAAAAAAUUACAUUGCCUUUACACUGGUCAGUUUUGCAGAAUUUUGAUUCAUUUCACCAAAAUUGGGAUUCAGAUGUAGAAGCUUUCUGUCUGCUAUAUAAGCUUGCAAUUGUAAUGCAUUUUUGUUCUCUCCAAUUUUUAAUGAAAACUGAAAAUGCUUCUUAUGCCAUAAAUUUGUCCCUGAAUUUUGUUAAACUAUGCCGUUGGGUUCCUGUAUUAGCUAAACUCUUGAAACAGAUUGGUCACAAACUCUGUAAUGAUGUCAUUCAAAUAAUUAUGGUAUAGAUUUGUUGUCA